ACGCAAAAGGGGAAGUUGGGAGGAACCUAGAGGAAGAUCUGGUAGUGACCGUCUUGACUUCAGUACAGGAGAUUGGGGUUUUGGGUCAUGGCAGGAAGAGGUGGAGCAACGAGACCUAACGGGCCGAACACCGGCAACAAAAUCUGUCAGUUCAAAUUAGUGCUGCUGGGAGAGUCUGCUGUGGGGAAGUCGAGUCUAGUGCUGCGCUUUGUAAAAGGACAGUUUCAUGAGUUUCAGGAAAGCACAAUAGGAGCCGCCUUCUUGACUCAAACAUUAUGUCUGGAUGACACAACGGUGAAGUUUGAGAUCUGGGAUACAGCUGGCCAGGAGCGCUACCACAGUCUGGCCCCAAUGUAUUACAGAGGAGCACAGGCGGCCAUAGUGGUGUAUGACAUCACAAAUGAAGAAUCAUUUGCACGUGCGAAAAACUGGGUGAAAGAGCUUCAAAGACAAGCCAGUCCAAAUAUUGUAAUAGCUUUGGCUGGGAACAAGGCAGACCUUGCCAACAAGAGAGCGUUGGACUUUCAGGAUGCGCAAUCAUAUGCAGAUGACAACAGUUUGCUCUUUAUGGAAACGUCGGCAAAGACUUCAAUGAACGUCAGUGAGAUUUUUAUGGCGAUCGCAAAGAAGCUCCCGAAGAACGAGCCCCAGCCCGCAGGUGCCAACACAGCCCGCAACAGAGGAGUGGAUCUAACAGAAACAGCACAGCCCGCCAAAGGCCCCUGCUGUAGCACCUAAACCACGCUCCUCACCUCCUAACCAACCGCAUCACAUCUGGACAUGGGGCUCCUCCUUCCAAAACCUCGCUCCUCCUCCUCGGAUUAGCUAAAGACUCUGUAUAGCUGUGUUUCUAAUACUUUCUUUUUUUUUUUACUUUUCAUUUUUAAAGAAGAAUAUGUAAAUCAGCAGUCUACCGGAUGCAUGUAUCACUACAAAAGCUACUCAUUUUAACUUAAUUCAGCAGGAGAACAAAAACAGAUGAGAGAAUGAGAGAGAGAUUGAUAUAUGUAGAGAGAGAGAGAGAGAGAGAGAUUGAUAUAGAUUGAUUGAGUGUGUUUGUAUGCAUUUAAUACCUUAUGAUCAGGCCCCAGGCACAGUCUGCAAUGCUUUUCUGCAAAAGGGGUUUCAAAUAAGCUGUUCCUAAUUGACUGUAGCCAACUUGUUUAAUAAACUUGCAUAACAAUUACGUGGAAAUCUACAUGCAGAUUUUGUCUGGGCCUGUUUACAUUGCAAAAAAAAAAAAAA